AUGGGCAGUGCAGCAUCUAAAAACAAGAAAAACGUUGACGAACCAAGUCCAAAGUAUGAAGUUAAUAACAAAGGACUACAGGCAAUACCCGAUGAACUAUUCGAAGACGAUGACAGGCAACAGACUGAGGACAUAUUCGGCAUUGAGAGUGCAAAGUAUCUUCAUCACCUCGAUGUCAGUGAGAACAAAUUCCGUAGUCUAUCAGAUGAGCUGUUCACAUUACCUAGACUAAAACAUCUCCUUGUUGCGAGCAACAUGCUUGUGCACAUCCCGGAAACCAUCAACCGUGUACAAUUGUUCAGUCUUGAUUGGAGUAAAAAUGGAGUCACUGUUGUGGAGGAAAGAAUACUGACAGGACAACCAAAGCUGAAAACUCUAAAACUUGGAAGCAUGUGUUCACUUGAUAGUAGUGUCAGCCUAUCUAUCCCACACAACUUGGGAAAUCUUCUGAAAAGCGUUGAAUAUCUAGAUAUUAGCAACAACCACCUGGAUAUUGACAUCAGCGAGCAAGAGGAAGGUAUACUUGAAACAAUCUGCCUUAUGAACCGACUCACACAUCUGAAUGUGGAGGGAAACAAUAUCAAAUGCAUACCAAGCACUAUUAAUAACUUAACACAGUUACAACACUGUCUCCUACAAAUUAACGAACUCAAAACGCUCCCCGUACUUGUGUUACGCAGUCUGAAGCAUUUUAAUUUGGACCAUAACUCUCUUGGAGAUGUUACAGUAGUCCAUUUCAAUAAGAUGAAAUUAGGCUAUUUGUCAGUACGUUACAAUGAGAUUGAAAUUCUGCCCGUGUCUCUUGCUCAACCAUACCUGGAAGUACUCCAUCUAGAUGGCAAUAAGCUGACAGAUGUGUCGAAUAUCAACUUCAAGAAGAUGGUCAAACUGAAGAAAAUCUCUCUAAAAGGCAAUAAUCUGGAGUCACUUCCAACGGAACUGGUGAACAUGAACUGUCUUGAAAUAGUUGAUGCCGAAGACAACAAGAUCGAGAGUUUACCAUCCACUGUCUCUUGUGAACAGUUAAAGGAAAUGAAGCUCUCCAAUAACAAGAUAACAAAAUUUCCUGACCAGUUGAGUGACUCUAAAUGUCUUGAAAUAUUGGAUCUGUCAGGAAAUGAAAUUUCUGAUGUUAAAAAUGUCGGUGAUGAUGUUGAUGUAAUGGAGAAUCUCAAAACAGUUAACCUGAGUAACAACAAGAUAGUUCGCGUUCCAAUAGAGUGUUUACAGAGUCCGAACCUAGUGCAUCUAGAUGUGGGCGGAAAUCAAUUGGAAGCCGUACCUGAAGUUCUCAGUCUACAGAAUUUGAAAGUGUUAAGUGUUGAAAACAACGACUUGGUUGUUGUGCCAGCUGCUGUUUUUCAGCAUGAUAAUCUUGAAGUAUUUCUUGCAAAAGGAAACCGAAUCCACACCAUAUCAAAUAAAAUACCAACCCCAGAAGAACAUUGUAGUAAAAUCCACACAUUUGAUGUUAGUGACAACCGUCUCCGUUCAGUUCCCAGAACAAUUCAAAAUAUGGAGAAUCUUCAGAAAGUCAAUGUAUCAGACAACCAAUUGUAUUUCCUACCCGAGGGUCUGGCAGAACUUGAAAGCCGAAAGGCCACAUCUGACAUGGAGGCCCCAAAGGCACAAAUCCUUGUAGGGGGAAAUCUCUUACGGGAUAUUCCUGAGACGGUAGACAAGACUAAACCACUGACAGAAAUAUUAGGUCACAUUCAACAGGCAGAGAAUAGACCCGAACCACCAGAUUUGUCAAAAAUCAAAAGAGGGAAGAUGUUCUUCAUUGGUUCCCAGGGAGGAGGUAAAAGCACGCUUCUCAAGAACCUUCUUAGUAAUAGUGUCCGACAACCUGGAAUGUUUAAAGACACUGAUGACAAAGUUAAUAAUAAUGAGACUGAUGUUGACAAGUGGUCAAAUGAAGAAAGCUUUGGAAAGAUUCAGCUUGGAUAUAAUGGAGUAGCUUUCAUGGAUAGUGUUAUCUGGCCAAUAGCUGAUGAUAUAGAUAUUUCCGUGACAGAUUGCAGUGGUACCACCAACUUUCAAUCUGUAUACCAAUUAUUCUAUGUACCAAACGCUUUGUAUACCAUCAUUGUGAAUCUCGAGCAAUACUAUCCAAUCACAGAUGAGACAUUUCAGCUUCACAUUGCAUCCUGGAUCAAAGACAUUUUCACGUGCAUUGGUGGUGAAUUUAUCAUUAAUAUCAUUGGUACCCAUGGCGACAGAUUGACUGAACAGCAAGUUUUAGAGCAUGCUUCUUUUAUUGAAGAAAGACUAAAGAAAAUGUUUAAUGAAAUGAAGAGUCAAUUGAAAGGAGAUUACUUGGUCUUUACAUCUCCGUGUAAAGUAUUACAUAAUCAGUAUACCACCAGUGGUUUUGAAGGCAAAUCUGCCAUUAAGUAUUGUGAACAGCAGCUGCUCGAUACAGUUCAAAAUCCAGAUAACCGCCUUCUUCCUAUUGAUGAUCAAUCUCUUUUCAAAGACAACAAGCCUCCAUCUAUCACAAAAAUGUUAAGAUUUGAGAAGUUAUUAGUGAACAAGAAAGAGGAUCAUGAUCCACUGACAAGAGUUCGAUUGACCUAUUCAGAAUUUGAAGCUAUUGGAAAGAAAUCUGGACUGAAAACACAUGAAGUGGAUGAUGCAAUUGAAUAUAUGAGGAGAGUUGGUGUAGUUCAGUAUUACUCCAAAAUAUAUAGCCUCAACGAGUACAUCUUUCAUAACCUCGAUUUUUUAACUGAUAUCCUUCAAACAUUCCUUGGCAAAGACCAGAAAGAUUUAUUGAACCAAAACAACUUUCCACAUGGGUAUCGAGACAUUACAUUUGGUGUGGUACGGCAAGCAUUCACACAGAAAGCUAUUUUAUCUGAAGAUGUAAUACGGGAUUGCAUCAUCAAUCAUUUGGAACUUGAUGAGGAUGCUGUAAAGUUGGUGCUUGAUGUGUUAGUAGGUUUUGGUAUCUGUUAUGACGUAUCUCCAGAAGGCAACAAUGAAUCAUUUCUUCAUGUACUCGAGGAUCAUGAAGCUCCUCCCAGAGUUGUCAGAUUCCCAAUGUUUCUAACAUCAACAAUGAAAUUACCGGUUAACUUCAUGCCCGUGUUUGAAACCAAACUGGCAUUUCCAUGGGUGUUUCCAAAGAGGCUUAUGAGUGAAUUUGUGUGCAUGAUACACAAAUAUGUAAAGAAGGAAUGGAAAGAUGGAUUCCACUGUGAAAUAAAAGGAACGCCUGUGGUAGUAAUGGUCCAAAAACCACGUGGUCAGAGUAGCAAAUCACUGGUCAUCCAAACACAAUUAAAGACUGAUUUGGGUAAAACCUUUGAUGUCUUGAAUGAUGAUGUUAUUGGUAGACUGAGAGAUCUAAUACGCAAUAAAUGGCCACACCUGAGAUUUAACAACCAUUUGAGAGUGAUCUGUCCCCGUGAUACUGGAUGCAGGGAAGAGUUAAACAUGGCUGCACAUGGUCAGUGGAAGGUAUUUCCCCGAGAAUUAUCUGAGGUGCAAACAAUGAUGGAUGAUUGUGAAUAUAGAAAAGAAGGACGAGAAGUGAACGUGGCUGUCGACAUUGUUGUAGAGAAGCUGAAACCCGAGAAGUGGAAACUCCUGGCACCGAAUUUAGGGAUUCCACUCACGACCGUGAAAAGCAUCGAUGAAGAAAGUAUGGACGAUAAGCAGAAGUUAUGGAAGUUGCUGCACAUGUGGAAAGAUAAAUAUAAAAGCAGCGAUGCAAUUAUCAAAAUGUCCCGUGAAAAAAUGAUCAAUGCUCUUCGAGUGCAUGGGGAAAAUAGUUUGGCAGAAGAACUGGAACAUCUUGGUAUCGAUAGCUGGGGAUCUGUGUCGAGUAACUAA